AGCAUUCCACUGGCAGAAGAAUCACAGUACUUAUUUGCAUUCAAAUAUCGUGACAAACAAUACUGUUACACACGCAUGCCACAAGGAUUUAAGCACAGUCCACAUGUGUUUAAUCAGUUGUUGAAACAAGACCUGGAAGGUAUUGAGAUUAAUAGUACUUUGAUACAGUAUGUUGAUGACAUCUUYAUCUGUUCAAACACGGUUGAAGACUCUCGUCGAGACACAAAGUUCUUCAAAAACUAGCAAAGGGAGGACACAAGUCCUCUCUAACAAAACUACAGCUCUGCAAACCACAAGUUGAAUAUCUUGGGAGACUGAUCUCUCAUGGGACUGUCUCCAUAUCCCCAGAACACCUAAAAGGGAUAAGUAAAGCUCCAUUACCACAAAAUGUAAGCCAAAUGAUGGCAUUUUUAGGGAUGACCGGAUUUAGUUCCGAGUGGGUUGAAAACUAUGCUGAAAAAAACCGCUCCAUUAAGAGUACUAAUCAAACAAACUGAAAGUAAGUCAUUAAAGACACCUUUAAAAUGGACUAAUGUAGCUAAAAUAGCUUUUGAAACAAUCAAACAAGACAUGCAAACUGCACCAUGUCUGGCAACACCAGACUCACAAAACCAUUUUUUCUGUAUGUAGC